AAAGGUAAAGUUAGUGUGAGCAGAGCUUCAGUCCAGACAGCGUCUCUGUUUCUCUGAAGAAACAACUGAAUCCAGCAGCUUCUUCUCAACAACACAGCAGAACCUCUGCAAACACUGAUUUCCCCCCAGAGAGCCACAGUGAGAGGAAUGCUGCAAUGUGGCACUUCCUGAAUGAAAGUAUUUCUGAUGGAGAGCAGAGCUGCCGUCGAGACAAUCCUCUCUAUUUCUCCCUAAAGGAACAUUAAACUAAUCCUGAACACCACAGCAGGAUCUCUGCCAAACCCCGAGUGUAGAUAUGUCUGCUGCCAGCUGUCUGCUGACUGAAGAUCAGUUUCUGUGCUCCAUCUGUCUGGAUGUGUUCACUGAUCCAGUCGCCAUACCAUGUGGACACAACUUCUGUAAAGCCUGCAUCUCUGAACACUGGGAUAGAAAUGUCCAGUGUCAGUGUCCCAACUGUAAAGAGGAUUUCGACAGAAGACCUGUACUACGCGUCAACACUUUCAUCUCUGAGAUGGCUGCUCAGUUCAGACAGUCAGCUCAACAGGAAGCCAGCAGCAGCAGCUCAGAGCAACAAGUUGUCAAACCAGGAGAAGUUCCCUGUGACGCCUGCACUGGAACCAGACUGAAGGCCCUGAAGUCCUGCCUGGUGUGUCUGGAGUCCUACUGUGAGACUCACCUGGAGCCUCACCUGACAAGGGCAGGCCUGAAGAAACAUCAGCUGAUCGACCCUGUGGAGAACCUGGAAGGCAGGAUGUGUGUGAAGCACGAUAAACUGCUGGAGCUGUUCUGUAAGACUGACCAGGUGUGUGUCUGCAUGCUCUGCACUGUUUCAGACCACAAGACACAUGAUGUUGUUCCUCUGAAAGAAGGAUAUGAAGGAAAGAAGGCUGAGCUGGGGAAGACAGAGGCUGACAUUCAGCAGAUGAUCCAGAAGAGACGACUGAAGAUUCAGGAGAUGAAUCGCUCAGUGGAGCUCAGUAAGGAAGGAGCAGACAGAGAGAUAGCAGAUGGUGUUCAGGUCUUCACCGCUCUGAAGGAGUCUGUUGAGAGAAGCCAGGCCGAGCUCAUCGACACCAUCAAAGAGAAGCAGAGAGAGACAGAGGAACAGGCUGAAGGCUUCAUCAAAGAGCUGGAACAGGAAAUCUCUGAACUGAGGAAGAGAAGCUCUGAGGUGGAGCAGCUCUCACGCUCUGAAGACCAGCUCCACCUCCUCCAAAGCUUCACGUCCCUGAACGCUGCUCCACCCACCAAGAACUGGACAGAAGUCAGGGUCCGUCCACCUUCAUAUGAGGGGACUGUGGUGAGAGCUGUGACUCAGCUGGAGGAGACGCUCAGUAAACAGAUGAAGAAGCUGCUUGAGGUCGAGCUGAAGAGGGUCCAGCGGUAUGAGGUGGAGGUGACUCUUGAUCCUGAUACAGCACAUCCCUAUCUCAUCCUGUCUGAUGAUGGAAAACAAGUAAACUGUGGUGAUGUGAAGAAGAAUCUCCCAGGCAACCCAGAGAGAUUUGAUGAUAGUUACUCUGUGUUAGCAAAGCAGAGUUUCUCUUCACGAAGAUUUUAUUACGAGGUUCAGGUUAAAGGUGUGUCUGACUGGACUUUAGGAGUGACCAGAGAGUCGAUCAACAGGAAGGGAAAGAUCACAAAGACCCCUGAGAAUGGUUUCUGGACCAUCGAUUUGAGGGAUGACAAUAAGUACGAAGCUUGUGCUGACCCUGAUAUCCGUCUCUCUCUGAAGUCUCAGCCUCAGAAGGUGGGGGUGUUUGUGGAUUAUGAGGAGGGUCUGGUCUCCUUUUAUGAUGUUGAUGCUGCAGCUCUGAUCUACUCCUUCACUGGCUGCUGCUUCAAAGAGAAACUCUACCCAUGCUUCAGUAUUCCGGAAAAUCUCGUUGACCUGUUCUCCUUAUCUAAUAUAAAUAUUGACCCUCUGAUCAUCACUCCUGUCGAUCACACUGAGUAAAAGAAAUGUGGAUUUUCCACAGAGGGAUUCAUUAUGAUUUAAUAUAAUACAUAUAUAUUUACUGGUGAUGUACAGGGUUUUCAUUGAUCUAUCAGAUGCUUCUUUUCUUUCUGUUCAAAUGUCUUUGAUGUUUCACAUAUGUCCUACUACUUAGAAUCAAGGCCAGCACACUGAUCUAUAUUAUCCAAUACAGUCUCAUUAUUCUAAUGAUUGAUUAUAUUACAUUUCAUUUAGCUGACGCUUUUAUCCAAAGCGACUUACAAUAACCAAUUACAGGGACCAAUUGGUAAUUGGCACCAAUCACUAGUGCCCCCCUUACUCAAGGGCACACUAGUGGUGGUGUUCCAGGCGGGAUUUGAACUCACAACCUUCCGAUCUUCAGCCCACCUCACUAUCCAUUAGACCACCACUACCCAAUUACCUUCCUUAAGACUGUUAAAUCAUCAGAAAACAAUAUGUUCUUAGAAAUUAGAACCUGUCUGAUCCUUGAAUAACUCACAAGAGUUGAUCAGCGGCACUCAUUACUGAAAGAAACAGUCAUGCACAGAGCUUUGGGCGGGGCAUUAAUUGCCGGUGCACAUUGUUCCGAAGAAUAUGAAAUAUUGGUAAUAUUGGUGUUUGUAUACAUGGGACUAUGGUGUAAGAAACCAAAUGUAAACAGAGUUCUCUUUUAAAGCCCUGUUUUAUUGGGGCGAAAUGUGUGAAAGCGAAGGGUUGAUAAUUAUACAAAUUAAGAUCAAGGAUGUAAAAAGAUGUCUUUGGCUUAAUAAUGAUUGUAAAAACUAUAAUUCUGUUUCUUUUUCAAAGUCGAUUUAUUGUGUCCAAUACCUGCUUGGUUUAUUGUGUUGAGUUGUAAUUAUAAGGCUAUAGUGUGUAAAUGUGUGUUUGACUUUACAGUUUGUGUUGGCCCCAGGAAGAAUAGCCAUUGCUCAUGCUACUGCUGAUGGGGAUCAUAAUAAAGUAAAUGUAAGAGCACUAUCGUAUGAACAUGACAAAAUCAUUUAGCAUGUUUCUUCUUUUUCCUGUAAAUGCACAAUAAAGGUAAGAAAAAUUAAA